AUGCGAAUGUACCUGNAAAAUCCAAAAUUAUUCUACAGCUACAUAAGAAGCAGCACACGAAACAGAGAUCCAAUCCCCCUCCUGAAGACUAGCGGAGACGUAGAGAUUAGUGAGGAUGGAGAAAAAGCUGAGCACUUUUCACAAUUUUUCAAAUCCAUCUUUACUAGUGAAAGUCCAUUUACUCCCCCCGACUACGACUUCGAUGAGGGUCCAAAAAUCGAGUCUGUGUCUUUUGAUGAAGCGACGGUUCGCAAAGAGCUAAUGACGCUAAAUGAGUCGAAAUCACCAGGUCCAGACGACAUACCGCCUAAGUUACUGAAGGAGCUCGCUGCCGAACUAGCCAAACCAUUGUCCAUGCUUUUCCAAGCCUCGUUCGAAGCCGGCGGCUUGCCCGCCGACUGGAAAUCUGCGCGGAUCACACCACUGCAUAAAGGAGGCAGCAAGGCCUCUGCAAACAAUUACAGGCCAAUUAGCCUCACUUCCAUCUGCUGCAAACUCAUGGAGAAAAUAAUCAAGCGAGAGCUGAUGCGCUUCCUAGAGCAGCAUAAUUUAUUAUCUGAUGCGCAGCAUGGGUUUCGUAGUGGCAGGUCUUGCGUGACUAACCUGCUCAACUGUUUGGAACGUUGGACUCGGUCAGUUGAUGAAGGCAGUGCGCUGCAUGUAGUCUAUAUCGACUUUAAAAAGGCAUUUGAUAGUGUCCCACAUCAGCGACUCCUGCACAAACUGAGCCGAACAGGCGUUAGGGGUAACCUCUUAAAAUGGAUUCAAAGUUUCCUGUUAAACCGUUGUCAAACUGUCCAUGUCGGUGGCCAGAAGUCGACGGAGGUUGCCGUUGAAAGCGGUGUUCCCCAAGGCUCAGUUCUUGGCCCUACUUUGUUCAUCAUUUACGUCAACGAUUGCGUGAGUGAACUGGAUUGUGGUGUCGCCAUGUUUGCGGAUGACAUUAAGCUCUGGAGCGUCAUUCGAACUGCAGAUGACGAAGAGCAUCUGCAGGCGAACCUAAAUCGACUCCAACAGUGGUCAAAGGCCUGGCUUCUGCCGUUCAACGAGAAAAAGUGUAAUAUUCUACGAGUCGGCAGAGCUCGCUCUCCGAACCAUAUGGCCUACUGCCUAAAUGGUAUACCACUGCAAGAAGUGGACUCGCAGAAGGACUUGGGAGUAUGGAUUACGACCUCGCUCAAACCCUCGCUGCACUGCACGAAGAUAGCCAAGUCUGCAAUGUCAGUCCUCUACCUUGUCAAGCGGGCUUUCUCUGCCUUUGACGAAGACUGCUUCGCUAAGGUCUUUCGAACUUUUGUGCGUCCGCAACUAGAAUUUGCUAUCCAAGCUUGGAGACCCUGGACCGCGAAGGACCUCAGCAUCCUUGAAAGGGUUCAAAGGCGUGCAACGAAACUUGUGGCAGGACAGGGUUCACUACCAUAUGCAACGCGGUUAGCUAACCUUCAUCUCUUUCCCUUGAGUUACAGGCAGUUACGGGGUGACCUGAUACAAGUCUUCCGUAUCAUACGCGGUCAGGACUGCAGCCUCGUACCGGGUGACUUCUUCGAGUUAGCAACCACCACAAAUCUACGAGGCCAUCCAUUCAAACUACGUGUGACAGGGGCCAGACUGGACACACGAAAGUUCUUCUUCUCCAACAGAGUGGUAGAAGCCUGGAAUGCUCUGCCUGUGGAUGUCGUUAUGUCUGCUUCCGUCGAGGUUUUUAAGAGGAAGCUGGAUUUGUGUAGCAGUGUGCACUAA